ACCUUAAAUCAUCAAUAUCUGGGUUAGAUAUUGCUUCGGCUUUUCUCUUCCCACGCGCCUCUGUUUGAGGAGUUGGAAUUGUUGUUGGUUUUGGAUUCGGUUGAUCUUCAGAACUUUCUUCUUCAUCAAAUGUGGUGUCAUCGGAUGAAGGUGGUUCAUCCUUGACUAUUGGUCGCAUUAGCUUCUUCUCUCAUACGGCCUUGGCACAGUGGCACUUGACACACUUGUCCUUAGCUGAGAUGAAAAUUUGGCUGUUUGGGGCGCUCAAUGCCCCGAAGCACCGCUACUCAACCAUGACCUCCGUCGCUAGACAGGUGGAUAAUAAGAAGACAACGAUGGAGAAGGGAUCAAAGAAAUGGGGUUUUGAAGGUAAGCAGGAGCUGAAGGCAGCCUCAGCCACCACCGUCCGAGGAGUUCUUAACACGUUAAUGGAAGGCCUCAAUAAGGAAGAUAGCAGGCCAGUCAUUCCUCUUGGUCAUGGCGACCCCUCACAUUUUCCAAGCUUCAGGACCGCUACUGCAGCUCAAGAUGCCAUCAUUGAUUCUCUACGAUCGGCUAAAUAUAACUGUUAUGCACCCACUGUUGGUGUUCUUCCGGCUAGGAGGGCUAUUGCAGAUUAUCUCAACCGUGAUCUUCCAUACAAAUUAUCACCAGAUGAUGUUUACCUUACAAUUGGAUGUACUCAAGCAAUAGAAAUUGCAUUAGCAGUCCUUGCCCGCCCUGGUGCCAACAUUUUGCUUCCCAGACCAGGCUACCCAUACUAUGAAGCUUGUGCUGCCUAUAAUGGUCUUGAAUUCCGUCAUUUUGACCUUCUCCCUCAAAAGGAUUGGGAAGUUGAUUUAAAUGCCGUUGAGGAUCUUGCAGAUGAGAAUACGGUUGCUAUGGUUAUUAUAAACCCGGGAAAUCCUUGUGGAAAUGUCUUCAGCUAUCAACAUUUAACAAAGGUUGCUGAGACAGCUAGAAAGCUGGGGAUUCUGGUGAUUGGUGAUGAAGCUUAUGACAAUCUCACAUUUGGAAGCACUCCAUAUGUGCCAAUGCGAGCGUUUGGGUCAAUUGUGCCUGUUCUUACCCUUGGAUCGAUAUCAAAGAGGUGGAUUGUUCCUGGUUGGCGCCUUGGUUGGCUUGUGACAAGUGAUCCAAAUGGCAUUCUUCAAAAAACUGGGAUAAUCGAGUCGAUUAAGGGAUUCCUCAAUAUCUCCUCCGAUCCAGCUACAUUUAUUCAGGCAGCAGUUCCUCAAAUUCUUGAAAAUACAAAGGAGGAUUUUUUUUCGAAGAUUAUCUGCAUGCUAAGAGAAGCUGCAGAUAUAUGCUAUACUAGAGUUGAGGAGAUGCCCUGCAUAACUUGCCCCAAGAAACCAGAAGGGUCGAUGUCUGUAAUGGUGAAGCUGAAUCUAUCAAUGCUGGAAGACAUUAAUGAUGAUAUGGAGUUCUGCCUGAAGUUAGCUAAAGAAGAAUCAGUCAUUGUUCUACCUGGGAUAGCAGUGGGAUUGAAGAACUGGCUCCGCAUUACUUUUGCCGUAGAGCCUUCUUCUCUCGAAGAAGGCCUGGCGAGGAUAAAAGCCUUUUGCCAACGGCAUGCCAAGAAGCACUGAGUGGCACAUGUAGGAUGCUUACAUCGGUGGAUUGUAGGAUCUAGGUGAAAUAAUGCUAGGCGGCAGUGUAAUUUUAGCUAAAUUGUGCUUGUUAAUCUUUCUAUUAAAGAUGAUUCCCUUGAUAAAUUAUCGACUUGUUGUGGCAACGGCAUGCUUUUCCAAAAUCGAUACUGACCAUGGUAUUUGGCUAAUCUAAAGGAGAUCCAUGAGAAUCUUAAAAGUGCUAUAAAAUGG